CGCCGCUCCCGGGUCUCACCCUGCCACCCCCUUGCUCUGCGUGCGCUGGUGGCUUUGCGUCUCUCGCCUCCUGUCUCUGGAUCUUGUGUUCUCUGCAUCUGCAUUUGCAAUACCCGCCAUCUGACUGUGCAUAUGUAACGUGAACUUCUCUGGGAAUCUUUGUGACCCACUGCUGUGAGGAGAUCCAAGGAAGACACCCCUUCUCUGGAAACUGGAAAUGGGGUUGGUAUCGUUUGAGGAUGUAGCAGUGGACUUCACAUGGGAGGAAUGGCAGGAUCUGGAUGCUGCUCAGAGGACCCUCUACAGAGAUGUCAUGCUGGAGAAUUACAAUAGCCUGGUAUUCUUGGGGCACUGUAUAACCAAACCUGAGUUAAUCUUCAACUUGGAACAUGGGUUUGGGCCAUGGAGUGGAGCUGAUGCCUCAGUCUGGGACUUUUCAGGUGUCCAUAAAAUGAGUGACAUAACUAAGAAUAGCCAAGAAAAUGAAGAGAGACAUUACUGGCAAGUCGAAAUCACCAACACCAAUACAUCUCAUGAAGACGUGGUUGAAGCAGAAAUAAAGGUUCAUGAGGAGAUCCACCGAGGGACAAAAUUCUAUGAAUGUGAAGUUUGUUUGGAAGCAUUUUACCUGAAGUCACAGUACAGCACAAAUCAGAACUAUCACACAUGUGAGAAACCAUAUGAAUGUAAGGAAUGUAAAGAAACAUUCUGUUAUAAGUCUACCCUCAGACAGUAUCGGAGACUUCGUAGAGGUGAGAAACCCCAUGUGUGUAUAGAAUGUGGAAAAACUUUCUACUGCAAAUCACAUCUCACUGUACAUCAGCGAACUCACACAGGCGAAAAGCCUUAUGAAUGUAAAGAAUGCAAGAAAGCAUUCUACAGCAAGUCACAGCUCAAUGUACAUCUCAGAAUUCAUACAGGUGAAAAGCCUUAUGGAUGUAAAGAGUGUGGGAAAGCUUUCUACCGUAAUUCUGACCUCACUGUACAUCAAAGGACUCAUACAGGUGAGAAACCAUAUGAAUGCAAAGUAUGCAAUAAAGCUUUCUACUGCAAUUCACAGCUCACUGUACAUCACAGAACUCAUACAGGGGAGAAGCCUUAUGAAUGUAAAAUAUGCACUAAAGCUUUCUACUGCAAGUCACAACUUGCUGUGCAUCAGAGAACUCAUACAGGUGAGAAGCCCUAUGCAUGUAAAGAAUGCAGGAAGGCUUUUCAGUGCAGGUCAGACCUCACUCGACAUCGGAGAACUCAUACUGGUGAGAGACCAUAUGAAUGUAAUGAGUGCAGGAAAGCUUUCUACCGCAAGUCAGACCUCACUGUACAUCAAAGAACUCAUACAGGUGAGAAGCCUUAUGAAUGUAAAUUAUGCAGGAAAGCUUUCUACUGCAACUCACAACUCACUGUACAUCACAGAACUCAUACAGGUGAGAAACCUUACAUAUGUAAAGAAUGCAGGAAAGCCUUCCAAUGCAAGUAUGAACUCACUCGACAUCAGAGAACACAUACAGGUGAGAAGCCUUACAUAUGUAAAGAAUGCAAGAAAGCUUUCUACUCUAAGUCAGAUCUUACUCGACAUCAGAAAACUCAUGCAGGUGACAAACCUUUAAUGUAAAGAAUACACUUAAAGCUUACCACAGUAAGUUAGUCCUUAACUGGAAUCAGAAAAUGCAUAUACAAAAGCUUUUUACCAUAAUUCAGACCCUACUCAAUAUCAGAGAAUUCAUACAGCUGCAAGAAACCAUGAAUGUAAAGAAAAUAAGAAAGUCUUCUACUUCAACUCAUCUCUUUGUACAUACCUGUGAAUCUGGGAACUGUAAGAAAAUUUUGUGUGAUCAGUCAAACCUCCCUUGACAUCACAUAUUACAUACAGCUGAAUUACUUUGAAUAUAAAGUAUAUUGUAACAAUUGUUUUUUUUUUCCCAUAAAGUACACUCAUUGGGCAGGAAAGAUCAUACAUUUAGACUUUAUAAAUGUAAAUAAUAUAGAAAACUAUGAUACCUAAGUCAGAUCUCAGUCUACAUCAGAAAACUCAAAAGUGUGAGGUCAGUUACAGCUUUUCAUCCCAGCCCAUUUGGGUGAUCUUGGUAGAGGUUCAUUGGACUCAACGUGAGCAACAGAGCAAGACAACUAUCAAGGAAAAAAAAUGUAGGGAAGGCAGCCAUGGUGACAUAUGCCUUUACUUCCAGCACUCAGAAGGCUGAUGCAGACAGAUCACUUUGAGGCCAGCCUAGUCUACAUAGUGAGUUGCAGGACAACCAGGGCUACAUAAUGAGACCAUGUCUCAAAAAAAAAGCAAAACUUGAAAAUUUUCUCCUGGAAAUGUUCUUAAAUGACUACAACCCAUAUUGGUGUUAAACCAUAAGGAAAUA